AUGGGUAAAAACAAAAACAACAAAUGGAAAUCACUUAUCGAACUAGGUGUCCAAGAUAUUCCAAACCAGGGAAAUCAUUUCUCAAGUGAUGACCUUGAAUGGACACCUAUUGGAGUUGGUGGUCAAAUGGACUUAUGUGCUGCAAUCCCUCUUGAAAGGCUCCCUCACUUUGUCAAAGGAGAAGGUUUGUUGGAUAUCACAGAGACAAACUUUGUACGCAAGAAGCAUAGAGAGUCAAAUUCAAAUAAUCCUACUGAUCACACUACCAAGACAUAUUCAAGUUAUUGGUGUGCUUUUGGCCCCGGGGACAAUAGAGAAAAAAUUAGAAAAAAGAAAAGGAUAAGGAAGUUCAUCCAAAAAAGGGGUUGUCAGGCUCAUUUUCUUGUCGGGGUUAUGUAUGGUAGACCAGAUGUUGCUAUUAUUACAUACAAUGAAUUUACCCAUUGUGAUGCUAAUGGUGAAUUUUGUCAUGGAAAGGAUGAUCCUUCUAGUGGUCCAAGAAGCAAUUUUGCACCAAGAUUAUCAAAUGAGUGUAAAUCGUAUAUUGAAACCUUAUUACUAAUGGGUGUGGGGAUUGGCACAAUAUGUGAGCAACACUACUUAGAUCAUGGUUUGACUAAAUUGAUGAAGAAGAGGGACACAUGUUUGUUGAGAAAAGAUGUGUUGAAUGCAUGGAAAAGAGUACGCUCCCUUCGAUCUCAAAAAAAUGAAGAUGAUGCAAAAAGUGUAAGCUUGUGGCUUGUAGAGGGGAAAGAUAAUUUUUUCUACUAUAAAAGACCAAAAAAUGUGGAAAAUAUUCCAUUUAUCAUGGGCAUUCAAACACCAUGGAUGCGAGAAAUGAUGGUGAAACAUUCACAUAACUCAAUCAUUGCAAUGGAUUCCACAUUCUCAACAAAUAAAUAUGGUUAUGAGUUAUAUACAUUGCUUGUAUUCGAUGAACAAGAGGUCAGCAUACCUAUUGCAUGGGCCAUAUCCUCAAGAAAUAAAGUUGAGGAUAUAAAUGAAUGGCUUACAGAGGUUUAUAAAAGAGGAAAACAGAGUAAAGAAGAUUGGCAUGUCAAUGCAUUCAUGACAGAUGAUGCUAGUGCUGAGAUUGAGGCAAUCAGAUUAUCCUUUAAUUGUCAGAUACUUUUAUGUAUUUGGCAUGUGCGAAGGGCAUGGUUGAAGAAUGUGUAUAGGUAUGUCAACAAUAAGGAUAUUGCAACAAGUAUGUUCAAUAGAUUGGGUGAAAUAAUGUACACAAAGAGUGAUGAUGAAGGCAUUAUUACUCAGUCGAUAAAAAAAUUCAUGGAAGAUUUCAAAGAAGAAAAAAAAAUUAUUGAUUACUUUCAAAAAACUUGGUGUCAUGAUGAGAGGCGUAUUGCAAUGUGGGCCAAAAACUUUCGAAGCUUUCCUCAUGCAAAUCAAGAAACUAAUGCUUCCAUAGAAUCGUACCACUUCCAUAUCAAGAGUCACCAUUUAAGUGAUCGUGCUAAGAAAUGUACAAGGAGAAUGGACUGGCUUAUCUAUGUACUUCUUCAUAGGGUAGAGCCCUUCUAUAAAAAUAAAAGAUAUUUGCAGCUAUCUGGGUUUCUAACAAACUUCAAAAAGGAACGAUAUUACAUAACUGCAUUAGAAAGAUUAAAAAAAAUACCAAAUGCAGAUUGUCAUCCAUAUGAUCUUCUCCAUAACACAUAUAAGAUGAGAAGCCAAACUGAUCCAACCAAAUGGUAUUUUGUAAGAAAAUUUGGACCUGAUUUUUAUGUGUGUGAUUGUGAGUGGGCGAAAAGAGGAAACACAUGCAAACAUGUGUUGAAGAUUUUAGAUCUUCUAAGGAGAAACAAAACAAAUGAGCAAGAUCAAGUUACAGAAGGUGUCACUCUAUUGGUUGAUGAUGACCACGAUGUUAGAGGGAGUCUUAUUCAUGAAAAUAUCACUACAGAUAGUUGUGUUCAAUUAGAAGAUCAAGAUGUGUUUGGAGUUGUCAUUGGUGAAGACCAAAGAAUGGAUGAUUGGAAUUCAUUUGAUGCUUCCUCUGAUAAAUUUCAAAAUUUUGUUCAUUAUUUGAAUUCAUUACUCCAAAAUUUACCAACAAGAGCAAAUGAAAGAAAUAUUUUCAGUGAAUGUGUUGAGAGAUUUAGAAAAGAUAUUGAUGCAUCUCUUUCUUCCAAAUUUACACCAAACCCUAGGUCAGAGAACAUGCCUAUCAAACAAAUGCCACCAUGGUUUAGUCCAAGUAUUGAUGAUACUACAAUGGAGGAUCGUGGUCAAUAUUUUCCUGGAUAA